CAGCCUAUUGUGUUGCAUAUAAAAAUAAAAUUGAUAGAGGAAAGAAAGGAACUCAUCUGAGGGUGCUUGGUCCUUCAUUCUCUCAUAAAAAACACACACAGUGUGUGUGAUUGUAGUGAUCGAUCACAAGCACACAAAUUAAAUCUUUUUCAUUUGUUUAUCAUCAUUAUGGCUAGUGCAAGAGAGCAAGGUGGUGAUGAUGGAAAAAACUCCAUCACCAUACCCCUUCUGGGUGAUGAAAAAGCAGAACAGAGAAGCUUCUACAAUGGAGAUCAGCUACCUAAAUCUGCUGAUGAUUUAGACUCAGUUCAUGUUGGUAACACCUCCUUUUUCAAGACCUGCUUCCAUGGGAUUAAUGCAAUUUCAGGAAUUGGAAUUGUUUCAAUACCAUAUGCACUGGCUUCAGGGGGAUGGCUAAGCAUAUCACUGCUAUUUAUGAUAGCAAUUGCUUGCUACUACACUGGCUUAUUGGUCAAGAGAUGCAUGGAUAUGGACCCUCAUAUCAGAACCUUCCCUGACAUUGGUCAACGUGCUUUUGGAGACAAAGGUAGAUUAAUGGUCUCCAUAGCCAUGAAUUCAGAGCUCUACCUUGUUGUAACAGGUUACCUCAUCUUGGAAGGUGACAACCUUAACAAGCUAAUUCCAAACGUUGAAGUAAACAUUGGAGGGCUUGUGAUUGGUGGAACAACAAUCUUUGCAAUACUAGCAACAAUUGUGAUCUUGCCAACAGUGUUGUUGGAGGAUCUUAGCUUGUUGUCUUAUGUUUCUGCUAGUGGCGCUUUAGCUUCCACAGUGUUCUUGCUCUCUCUCUUGUGGAAUGGAACCAUUGAUGGAACAGGCUUUCACGGAAAAGGUACAGUUUUCAGGUGGAGUGGCAUCCCUGCUGCAGUUAGUUUGUAUGCAUUUUGCUACAGUGCUCACCCUGUUCUUCCCACACUCUACAAUGCCAUGAGGAACAAGAAUCAGUUCUCAAGUGUCCUAUUUGUGUGCUUUCUAGUGUGCACUCUUGGUUAUGCAGCAGCAGCAAUCCUAGGGUACCUAAUGUUUGGUGAAGAUGUUGAAUCACAGGUUACAUUGAACCUUCCAACAGGGAAAUUCAGUUCACAAGUUGCAAUAUACACAACCUUGGUGAAUCCAAUAGCCAAAUAUGCAUUGAUGCUAACCCCAAUUGUGAAUGCAGUAAAGAACAAGAUCUCAUGCAACUACAGAAAAAAGAGGCUCACACAUGUUAUUGUUAGUACCUCAUUGCUGAUUAGCACUCUUGUUGUGGCAGUGGCAAUUCCCUUAUUUGGCUACCUAAUGUCACUUGUUGGAGCAUUGCUAAGUGUCUCUGCAUCAAUUCUUGUCCCAUCCGUCUGUUACUUGAAGAUUUCUGGAGCUUACAAGAGAUUUGGCUCAGAAAUGAUCAUAAACUAUUCAAUUAUUGUCAUGGGUGUUACUAUUGCCAUUGUAGGCACUUACACUUCUCUUGUAGAUAUAAUUCAAAAUUUGUGAAUGUGUUUGGUAAGUGUCUCGAGAGGAAGGAUACAAAAUCGUCCAUGAUAAGAUAGAAAUGUUCUUUCGGGAUAGUUAUCAAACAUGUAGUGGAGUAUGGUUUUGAACAUGUUGGGUGCUGCAGAACAUGGAGCUUUGGUUGUUGGCCUAUAAACAAGUACUGCUUUAUUUGUUUGUAAUUUUGUGCGUAUAAAGACGUUGUAUGCUUCUGUUUGUACCUCAGCUUGCAUGAACAUGGGUUGCUGUAUGCACAAGGCGGGAUUUAAAUC